AUGAUGUGGUGUGAUCCCCCUGAUUCAUCCAGCAUGAUACAUGAGAGCCUCGACUACCGAGCCGGAGUGCGACACACCCUGCAGCUCGAGGAAGUGAUCAUCAUAUUCCUGAUCGUGAUUGUGUGGAUAAUAGCAGUCUCGGUGUUCAUCCGGAAGUGGGACAACAUCCGGAUCCUGGAGCCGAUGGAGCCCAGGUAUAAACACGCACCUAAAAACCUGGAGAAUGUCAGGAUAGUGAAGCGAGCACAAGACAGUGUCAUUUACAAAAAUUACAGUCGCAAAUUAUCCUUCACCAUGGACCAGAGGGAAAAGAGAAGACUUGAAAGGCUCAAUACAGUGCCGCAGAUUGGGACAUUACCCACAAUUCAGAUGGAGGAAGUGACAGAAAUGUGAAGUCGAGCUCACAAAGUUAUCUCCCCUAAGUUGUCGUAAAUAGAUGCGUCAUUCGUGAUCACUGGCUUCAUACCGGGACAGGUAGCGAAGGAAAUGAGCAAGCGACUGGCGAAGGAUGUGAUGAUAUAUGAAAUAUGUACGUUUCCGGGUUAUGACGUCACAAUGAUAUGUCAGUCGCAAUGAGUAGCCAGCAGAUGCCAGCAUG